CGCGGGACCCGUUGCGCCUCCCCGGCGGCGGCGGCGCUGCCCGGCCCGGCCUGGUCCCGCUCCCGAGCCAUUCCCGAGCCAUUCCCGGCCUCUUCCCGCAGCCCCCAGCGGGAGCCGCCCCGCCCCGCCAUGCCCCCCAAGAAGCAGCAGCAGCCGGCGGGGGGCAGCAAGAAGGCGGACCAGAAGAAGAAGGAGAAGAUCAUCGAGGACAAAACAUUUGGCCUAAAGAAUAAAAAAGGUGCAAAGCAGCAGAAGUUUAUCAAGGCUGUGACUCACCAGGUGAAGUUUGGUCAGCAGAAUCCCCGUCAGGCUGCUCAAACAGAAAGUGAGAAGAAAUUAAAAAAAGAAGACAAGAAGAAGGAAUUACAAGAAUUAAAUGAGCUCUUCAAGCCUGUGGUUGCUGCACAGAAAAUUAGCAAAGGUGCUGACCCCAAAUCUGUAGUUUGUGCUUUCUUCAAGCAAGGACAGUGCACUAAAGGAGACAAGUGCAAGUUUUCUCAUGAUUUGUCUUUGGAAAGGAAGUGUGAAAAACGGAGCGUCUACAUUGAUGCCAGAGAUGAAGACCUUGAAAAAGAUACAAUGGACAACUGGGAUGAGAAGAAGCUGGAAGAAGUGGUGAACAAGAAGCAUGGUGAGGCAGAAAAGAAAAAACCCAAAACUCAAAUAGUCUGCAAAUAUUUCCUUGAUGCUAUUGAAAACAACAAAUACGGGUGGUUUUGGGUCUGUCCGGGUGGAGGAGACAACUGUAUGUAUCGCCAUGCUCUGCCUCCAGGCUUUGUAUUAAAGAAAGACAAAAAGAAGGAGGAAAAGCAAGAUGAAAUUUCCUUAGAAGACCUAAUAGAAAAAGAGCGUGCUGCCUUAGGACCAAAUGUUACCAAAAUUACUCUAGAGUGUUUUAUUGCAUGGAAGAGAAGAAAAAGACAAGAAAAAAUUGAUAAGGCUGAGCAAGAUAUGGAGAGGAGGAAAGCAGAUUUUAAAGCUGGCAAAGCAUUGGUGAUUAGUGGACGUGAAGUGUUUGAGUUCCGGCCAGAGCUGGUUGACGCAGACGAUGAAGAAGCAGAUGACACCCAUUAUGUUCAGGGAGCAGGAGAUGAUGAUGAGAUGGAAGACCCUGUGUGCAUAAAUGAUGUGGAUUUGAACCUGUAUGUCCCCAAGGCAGUGGAGGAGACUGGCAUUACAGUGGCUAGUCCUGAGCGAUUCAGCACGUACACUUCAGUAGAAAAAGAUGAUAAUAAAUUAAGUGAAGCUUCUGGUGGUGAUAUAAACAGCAGCGAGCAAAAUGAUUUAGAGGAAGAUAAUGAUGGAGAUGGGGAAUUGGAAAAUGGAGUAAUUGAUGCUGUUCCAGUUGAUGAAAAUCUGUUUACUGGAGAGGACUUGGAUGAACUAGAAGAAGAACUAAACACUCUUGAUUUAGAAGAAUGAACUAAAAAGCUCAAGUGAGGAAUUAAAUCUAUGUGACAAAGUGAAAACUGACUACAUUUUUUCUCCUUUUUGAAUAGAAUUCUUAAACAAGAUGUUUUUGGUUAUGCAGCUGAAUAUGAUGGGCACGUGGUAUCCCAGGAAUGUUUUCCUUCAAUCUCAUCUACUCCAGUCUUGACUAUGCUCACAGUAAAACUUUCAGAGUAGGUCAGAAUUACUCGACAGCUGAAUUUGCAGACAGUGAGAUUAGAACUUUCAACUAAAAGUAAGAAGUGUAACUGCUUUGCCAGUAUGCAAGUGGGCAAUUUGACACCAGGUACAGUAUAAAAAUCCAAGUAUUCAUUCUUCACAGAAGUUGCAUUUUUAUUAGUGAUUGGUGUUGAUUUAGAAACUGCCUGAAGUGGUUUUUAGGCAGGACACUCUAAUGGAGCUGAUGCAGAUUAUGCUUCUUUAAGUGGUGAUUAGCUUUACUUGAUCAGCUGGAUACUGAAGAUUGUCAACUGAUAGAUCAUACAAUACAAUGUGGUGCCCUCUGUUUAAAAUAUUUUAAACUUUCUCACCACCUUUUGCCAAUAAAUCUGUAAAUAAAAACUAUCAACUUUAAAA